AUGAAUUUCUCCUCCUUUCUUCUCACCGGAUUUUCUGGUCUGGAGCAGCACUAUCCCUGGAUCUCCAUCCCCUUCUCCUGUAUCUACGCUGUGAUGCUUUUGGGUAACUGCCUGGUGCUGCAUGUGAUCCGGACGGAGCCCAGCCUGCACCAGCCCAUGUUCUACUUCCUGGCCAUGCUGGCCGUCACGGACCUGUGCAUGGGGCUGUCCACCGUGCACACGGUGCUGGGGGUCCUUUGGGGACUCAUGCAAGAGAUCAGCCUGGAUGCCUGCAUCGCUCAGUCCUACUUCAUCCACGGUUUGUCCUGCAUGGAGUCUUCUGUUCUUCUUACCAUGGCCUUUGACCGGUAUAUUGCAAUUUGCAAUCCACUGCGCUAUUCCUCCAUCCUGACUAAUUCCAGAAUUAUCAAAAUUGGACUCACCAUCCUAGGCAGGAGUUUCUUCUUUAUUAUACCCCCCAUCAUUCGUCUGAAGGGCUUCUAUUACUGCCGUCCCCACAUCCUCUCUCACUCAUUCUGCCUGCAUCAGGACCUUCUCCACCUGGCCUGCUCGGACAUCCGAUUCAACAGCUACUACGCCCUGAUGCUCGUUAUUUGCACAUCAUUGUUAGAUACUGUUCUUAUUUUCUUCUCCUAUGUCCUGAUUCUUAAGUCAGUGCUGGCAAUUGCCUCUCAGGAGGAGCGGCACAAGUCAUUUCAGACCUGUAUCUCCCACAUUUGUGCUAUCCUCGUGUUCUACGUUCCUAUUGUUAGCCUAACAAUGGUGCACCGAUUUGGCAAGCAUCUCUCCCCAGUGGUCCAUGUCCUUAUGGGCAAUAUCUACAUCCUUUUCCCACCUUUGAUGAACCCCAUCAUCUACAGUGUCAAGACCCAACAGAUUCGUAGCGGAAUGCUCAGACUCUUUUCUCUUGAAAACGAGACACUCAGGUUUUCAAGAAACAAAAAACCACAACCAAACUAA